CACGUGACUCAAUACCAAGAAACGAUCAAUUAAUAUUCUUUGGGAAAUCCUCAUUUCUUUAUCGUGGCGGCAAAUUCACAUCUUGCUUUCUGAAAAUUUUGAAGAUUUGAGAAAAUGUCUUUUCCUUUUACACCAAUACAGAAAUUUUAUUUGUCUAUAUUCUAAAUACUUCUGACACGUGGGUUCUCGGUAAACACAUAACAUAUCACACAAUGCAUUGCGCCGCUCAACACUAACUGCCGUUUUCCGAAAACAAAAUUGUCGGGCUGUGAAUUUUCUGAAAAUCAGCUCACUCUGCAGCGGAUAGCUUCAAAGUAGUGAGUGCCGGGCGUUGAGGAGGACGGACUAUAGUACUGUCUCGAUCAUUAACAUUUGUGUUUACUGUGUUUCCAAGGAAAACUAUCAAUGGGAAUGGACAAUAUUAGACAGACAGGCGGAAUAAUGACGAAAAAACGUCCGGUGGAGAGGCAGAAGAUGCGGCCGUGGAUCCAGGACAUGUUGGACAAUGGGGGUGUGCAAGGUUUGGAGUGGUUCGAUAAAUCGCAGAAUCUCUUUAGAAUUAACUGGAAGCAUGGGUCCAGACACGGGUUCAAUACCACAAAAGAUGCCAGCCUCUUCGAGAAAUACGCCCAACACACAGGACGUUGGGAUCCGAAUGAUCUAAACCCCAAAAAAUGGAAGGCAAAUUUCCGAUGCGCCCUGAACAGCCUGCAAAACGUCAUGGAGGUGAAAAACCUGGGUGAGAGCAAAGGUGCCCAUGCGUACCGCGUUUACCAAUUUUUGCUGGAGGAGGAAACAAAACCAAAAGAUGGGCAUCAAAGAAAACACAAUAAAAAGAAACCAGACAAAGGAAAAUCAAAAAAACUUUGCAAAUUUGAUGAUGCAACCGACGAAGAGCCUGAAAAAGAGAAUUGUUCUGUUGAUCAGACAUUGUUAAUAAGUAAACAAGAAAUCGACGAACCAAUGCCCGCAUCGGAUGAAGAGGCGGCGGCCCCACAACAGGACACCCCCUUACUUACCAAGCGACAGGUCGAUUGCUAUACAUAUCAGCACCAUAUGGCCGGAUGCAUUGUCAUACAGAGCCCAAGAAAGAGGCCAGCGCCAUACUCAACCGAGAAAGAUGAUUGUGAAGAUCCGGUGGAGAUGACGUCAUUAGAAGACGCCCAGCUGAUGGCACACGCUGCAAAGCGAAACAGAAGUACCGAUGAUGACGAAAGUUUGUCGUAUUCGCAGCUGUCUGUGACUGACGAAUCGUCAAACAUCUCGUGCACUUCAGAUUCCAGUUCCUCGAGUCCAGGAGAAGAGACAGACAACGUACCGCAUUUCUCCAAUCUUUUAUCAGACAAUACGGAUGGUGAUUGGGUUAUUGAAAGCGAGGAAACUGUAACUACAACCGACUCCUGAACGAACCACUACACAAAAGUUGUAACUGAAUACCGCAAAAAUAAUGACAGUAAUUAACGGCGUCUACAUCAAUACGAUGACCGCGAUCAACAAUGCCUACAGCAAGACAAUGACAGUGAUUAGCAUUCUCUACAGCUAGACAAUGACAGUGAUUAGCAUUCUCUACAGCUAGACAAUGACAGUGAUUAGCAUUCUCUACAGCUAGACAAUGACAGUGAUUAGCGAUGUCUACCGAUAGACAACUGUGAUUAGCGAUGUCUACAGCUGGACGACAGUGAUUAGCGAUGUCUACAGCUGGACGACAGUGAUUAGCAAUGUCUACCGAUAGACAACCAUGACUAUAUAGUAUAAUUCUUUGUGUCUACAUUUGCUGACUAAUAGCAAUGGGCAAAAAAGAAAUGUUUUUACAACCUUCGUUUUACAUUGCACAUGCAUGUUCAUUUAUCACCCUUUUGAUAUUAAUCAUGUUUAUAUAAAAACAAAUCGUUAACUCACCACAUUGAUUUUACUUUGUCAAAGUUCACUGCAGUGUAUAUAGUGCUUUGCAUGAUAUUUUAUUGUUUUUAUAUGCGUUUCUCAAUAAAUUAUUUACUGUUGAAUCAUUGAAUAAAAAAGCAGAGCUUUC